AUGUAUGCAGUAGUUACUCUGCUGGACUCAGAUGAGGUGACGGUGGCACCAUCACAUUGGUUGAGCUCAGACAAGAAACAAUGUUACUGGCCCCCAUUCAAAUCAACAGAGAAGUGCAUGGAAGCUGUUCAGAACAGAAUUAAAGCUGAAACUGGAGGGAAGCCAUGGGAGAAAUUAAAUAUUAGCUUUCACAGAGAAUAUGGCACUUUUGAUAAGGCAAAAGAAAUUAAACAAGAAAUUAAAGAACAGAAAGAACGGUCAUUUCUACUAGCCACUGGAUUCUCCAGAAUACUAAGAAGACAAAGACUCGAAAGCACUCAAGAAAUGUUAAAACAUCAACAUCCUCCUGCAGUAAAAUACCUGUCAAGGAUUAGAGGUUUUGGGCAAAAGGAUGUGAUUAAGAAUAUUAUGCAGGAAGUCCUGUCAGAUGAUCUGGCUAUGUUUAACUGGCAGGGGAGAUGAGAUAAAAGGCCCUUCGCUAAGCUUAUUUUUACAGAUGUGAUCAGAGAUGCUGCAUCAAAACAAAGUCUAACGAGGGAAGACUGUGAUACUGAAAUAAAAAAUUAUUUGUGGUCCACAACUGAUCGAAUCGGUCGGAAGAGACCAAGAGAUUAUGGAGCUCAAUCAGGUCUUCGUCCCAUUCGUCAGUAUUUGUGA